AUGCUUCCCCCUCCGUUUAGCUUCCGCCGGUUGCAUGUGACCGGUCUAGGAGAAGGGGGUGCACGCGGUGGGCCCUUAGCCGCAUUGAAGGCCGCGUUGUCUCGGCACCUUCCCAUCGCGGCAGCGGUGAGCGCGACGUUGGGUACUACCCACGGAGACGGGAGUGCGAGUGCCUCGCCCUCGGUCGCCCGCGCUUGUGGCCCGAUCGUGGUAUCUGCUGAUGCCACAGAACACCUGGUAGCGAGUGGAGUGUGGUCGACGGUUGCUUCCAUCAUCGGGCGGAAGACUGUGCCGCCCGCUGCGGUCGAUGAGGACGAUCCUGCGGCUGCCCGAUCGCCGGCAGCAACGGACACAGACCACGGUAGUAGCAGCAGCAGUUUGGCCGGCGGUACCAAUGGGAAAGCUCCUGCGCGCGAGCAAGGUGUAGUCGACGCUGGUGACACCUGCGGUGGUAAAGGCAGUGAUGACGGUGGCGGCGUCAUGUACUAUGUUGAUGAUGGCUGCUACGGUUCCCUUAGUGGAGCUCUUCUCCGCGGAACUCAGAUGCGGCCAUCGGCGCUACGCGUCCGCCCCGCUGUUCUCAUUGACGAUCACAAUUCUGCGAUGUCGCCCACCUCGUCCAAUGCUGCUAGUGAGACCCAAGUCCAUUGCCAAACCGACCACGGACCUUCCACAUCAGAUGCCCUGGCACAUUGCAGGACGGCUUGCAGAAACGAGCUUCCUUGUACGGUGUGGGGCCCUACUUGCGACGGGUUAGAUUGCGUCUGUCGGAUGACCCAGCUCCCUGACGACAUGGAACCUGGGCGAGACUGGCUGUUUUUCCCUGAUGUCGGCAUCCGAGGUGGAGCGGACGUGACCGGCUUCAAUGGUCUGAAGCCGCUUGAAACGUUCUACUUCGUCCGCCCGCGAGGGGAUGCGGCUACCCCGCUGGUCCCUCUGGGUUCGGCAAGUGGCGUUUCGUAG